AAUUGACGCGUUGACUUUGUCAUCGUAAAUUAUAGAUAGUCAUCUGUCGGAAGUAGUCAUAAAGCAUAACCUAAUUUAGCCAGCCUUAGCUUAGCGUGCUAGACUUGAGCUCCGUGGCUGUUUAGGAAGCCGAUGCUCUGGAGAUAACAAGCCGAUAUGCUUCUGAGAUUCGCUUUACUUAAGCUCGGUAUCUCGGUUUUAACCACUGGUUUUAUGAUGACUCGAGCUGAAGUGCGAAUGUCAGUGUAUGUAACUCGAAAGGAUUUUUCAGCAAGUGUGUUCUGACUUUGGAUUUACAACCGCAAGGAUUUUCAUUCAGACAAAGAGGAAAAGAAAUGAAUAGCCAGUUUGGUCUUUGAGGAGUUACAUCAAUACCAUAUCCUGUUCAGCACAAUGUACUAAUGGCUGGCUUCUGUUUGUGGAUGCGUACGUUUCGCUCUUAGAAGAAAGGAAUGUAUUCAUGGAUCAUACCUUGAUGAAACAACUUAUUUCACCAUGGUGAAACUGGCCAAUCCCCUGUACACAGAGUGGAUUCUUGAGGCUAUUCAGAAGAUCAAAAGGCAGAAGCAGCGGCCAUCAGAGGAGCGGAUUUGUCAUGCUGUAUCAACCUCACACGGACUAGACAAGGGCGUCGUACUCCAGCAGCUGGGGCUUGCUGUGAAGGAUGGAUCCAUCCUUAAGGUUACCAGCAAAGGGUGCGCUUCCUACAAAGACCCGGAUAACCCGGGAAGGAUUGCGCCUCUCAAGCUGGGAAGCAGUGCUCCCGUCUCGGUCGGAUCUGUGUUACCCGCAGGAGAUCUGCGUCAUGUGGAUUGGAAUAAAGUCCUUAGGAGGGCUAUCGAGGGUCUGGGGGUCCCUGCCGGCUCUUCUCUAAGGAACAUCGAGAGAUUUCUCCGAAGUCAGGGAGACUUGGUGAAUGUUGUGGUGAACCCUAGGUUUCAGCAGAGGCUGAGGCUUGCUGCUAAACGGGCGGUUAACAACGGGCGACUGCUAAAAGAUGGGCCGCUCUACAGGAUAAACAGUGGUGGACUUGGAGGAAAGGCUUGUUUCAGGAGCGUGGGGGUUUUUGGUGUAGACCUCCCACCUGUAACAUUACUUCCUCAUGAGAGAGACCAGCCACGUGCUGACCCGAUACCAAUAUGCAGCUUCUGUUUGGGCACGAAGGAAUCAAAUCGAGACAAGAGACCAGAGGAGCUGCUGUCAUGUGCGGAUUGUGGGAGCAGUGGCCAUCCAUCAUGUCUAAAGUUCUCUGCUGAUUUGACUGCAAAUGUCAAGGCUCUGCGAUGGCAAUGCAUCGAAUGCAAAACAUGCAGUUCCUGUCAGUUUCAGGGGAAGAACGCUGAUCAGAUGCUCUUCUGUGACUCCUGUGACAGGGGUUUUCAUAUGGAGUGUUGUGACCCUCCGCUCUCCAGGAUGCCAAAAGGAAUGUGGAUCUGCCAAGUAUGCAGGCCAAAGGAGCAGGAGGAAAAACGGUUGCUACACAAGACGGCGGCCCAGAUCAAAAGGCGAUAUGCAAAGCCAGGAAGGCCAAGAAAAAAUCUAACACAUCCAGCGAUGUCUGACAGGGGUCGUCCAGGAUCCAUUGAGCUGUCUGAAAAAGAACGGCAUGGUAGGGGUUCCAUAAGCACUUUCUGUACCCCAUCCUCAUCAAGCACCUUUAUACCCACCACAGAUGGCAGAAGUCUCACUGAUCCCCUCACAUCCACACCCACCUUCUCCAAGUUGCCCCCAAUCAACAAGAAAACCAAAGGUCUCAUUGACGGGCUUUCCAAAUUUUUCACACCAUCUCCCAUGGGUCGACGGUUGCGCCCAGAGGAGUCGGGCUCCUCGAAUCAGCACAGGCAGAAGAAACGAGGCUAUCGGAAACGCCGGUUCGAGCCCCAUUCCAGCUCGGUUACGCCAGGUGUGAGGUUAAAUGCCCCGUCUAGCGUUCUCCUAACCCCCUCCCCUUCGCAAGGACACAGCCCCAUUUCCCUGAACCCGGCCCACUCUUCCUCGCCCUGCUCCGCCCAUUCCCCACACAGCUCCUCCUCCCAGUCUAGCGGCCCCUCCUUAAGCAGCCUCCCAGGCAACAACCAGCUAAAGGGACUCUUUGAUGGACUGUCUCACAUCUUUACCACUCAGGGACAGUCCCGGCAAAAGGGACUCCCCAGCUACGCCCCGCCCAGGCGUGCGCGGCGCACCCGGGACUCUUCCACCUCGUCCAAAACGUCCCUACAACUUCAAGGAAAGAAGCCCAUUAAGGGUUUCGCUAGUAAAUUAGCGUCUCUGUCCGGUUCUGCGCCAGGAUGGCCGCCCAAGCGGGGCCGGCCGUUUAAGUCAGCACUCCAUUUCAAACGAACUCCCUUCUUGAGAAAGCACAAGCUGCUAGGCAGGUUUAGGUUUAAGGCCUCCCCACAGAGGGAGCACACCACACCAGGGAAGGGCAGAUUGGGAGACGGAAGAGUUAAUCCGAACCAUGCCUUUAAUGCAGGGUGUUCAAGAAGAGGGACACGAGAAGGACGGUUGACUUUAUUCAGUGACCAUGUGGCUGAAGAGGACCUGAAAUUGUUUAGGCGCAUCAAGGAGCUUACAGCAAAGAAAACUAGUGGCGAUCAAGGACAAUCUCCUCCGUUGAUUGAGUUUGGGAAAUAUGAAAUACAAACAUGGUAUUCCUCACCAUAUCCACCGGAAUACGCAAGAUUACAGAAGCUUUAUCUCUGUGAGUUCUGCUUAAAGUACAUGAAAAGCCAGGACAUUCUGCAGAGGCAUUCAAAGAAAUGUGGGUGGUUUCAUCCGCCUGCUAAUGAGAUCUACAGAAAGGAUAACCUCUCGGUGUUUGAGGUCGAUGGAAACAUCAGCAAAAUAUUCUGCCAAAACCUUUGCUUGCUUGCAAAACUUUUCCUGGAUCACAAGACGCUGUAUUACGACGUGGAGCCUUUUCUCUUCUACGUUUUAACGCAGAAUGAUGAGAAGGGUUGUCAUCUUGUUGGAUACUUUUCAAAGGAAAAGCUUUGCCAGCAGAAAUACAAUGUCUCCUGCAUAAUGAUCAUGCCUCAGUACCAAAGGCAAGGAUUUGGGAGGUUCCUUAUUGAUUUCAGUUACUUACUUUCCAGGCUGGAGGGCCAGGCCGGCUCCCCCGAGAAGCCUUUAUCUGAUCUGGGUCGUCUGUCCUACUUGGCUUAUUGGAAAAGUGUCAUACUGGAGUACCUGCACAAGCACCCAGAUAAGAGUGUGAGCAUCAGGGGAAUGAGCCGAGCCACGGGCAUGUGUCCACAUGACAUCGCUACCACACUUCAGCAGCUCAACAUGAUUGAUUUCCAGGAUGGCAGGUUUGUUAUCAUGCGAAGACAUCAGCUCAUUCAGGAUCACAUGGAAAGACUGAGGGCAAAGCCUCGACUUCAUGAGGUUGACCCAGACUGCCUGAGAUGGACUCCAGUUUUUGUGUGCAGAAGCCCAUCAGAGGUGCUGCUGGGAACUGUGACACAGGCUGGAGAGCGCGCAGACUGCAGUACAUCGACCAAGAGCAGAGCAACAGGGAUGGGUUACACCAGCAGACCUCCUUUAACCAAAUGCAAGAACUUUAGCAGGAGAUACUCAGAUCCACAUUUCGCAAACAAUGCUGGGAAAGAGUUGGAAGCGAGCGAGGAAAGCAGCAGUGAAGAUGAGGAUGAUGAUGAAGAUGAUGUCGACUCAAUCAAAUCCCAGUCUGGGCAGGGCUUUAAGAGAAAGCGGACACCCACUCUGAGACGGAAGAGAGGGCGAAGGAGAACGCGAAUUAACAGCAGUGUCACUACAGAGACCAUCUCGGAGAGAACAGAGGUGUUGGAUGAGCCCUUUGACAAUUCGGAUGUAGAGAGUCCUCUGCCACAGCCCAGCAGAAGGGGAGGCAGUGAGGAUGAGGAAGAGCAGAGAAGAGUAGCCGUGCGGCGGCCUGGGCGACCAAGGAGACGUGUAGAUGACAAUCACUCAAACCAAUGUAAAGGAGGAAGUGUGGAAGCAGUAAAAAAGGACAAUCCUCGUACAGUUAAACGGAAGAAAGGCUGGCCCAAAGGUGUCAAGCGUGGCCCACCAAAAUGGAGACUGAAGGAGCGCAAAAUGGGUUUUAAGCUCAACCUCUACACACCUCCUGAAACACCUAUGGUCACGGUGGAGCAGGAGGAGCAGGCCGCCAGCCCUGCCUCGUUCUCAGAACCAUGUGAGUCCUACAGAGAUCCGAGGCCGGAGAACCGGGAGCUGGACGCCUGCGUUUCAGAGGCCCACAGCCCCGAACAACCCGAGCCUCAUAAGGUCAACGAGGAUGAAUCCACAGAUAAGUCUGACACUGUGGAAAAUUCUCCAUGUGAUGAUGAGAAUACUGAGACAACUGGUACAAUGGACUAUGCUGAACAGUCGACUCAAAAUCAAGAGGAAGUCAAUGACCUGAAGCCAGAGGUUGAAGCAGAUAGCAGGGUUGAAAAGAGAGAACGAGAUGAGGAAGAGGAUGAGGACGAAGAGCCCGAACCAGGUCGCGUGGACGAUCACGAUGCAGAUGAUGAAGAUGAUAGCCACGAAAAGAGAAUUGAGGACCCAUUGCCAGUACCAGAAAGAGUCCUUAGUGAAGACUUGGAGCCAGUUACAACACCCAGUAAUGAUAAUAAUGCUGAAUUGCAGCCAAACUCUGUGGAUGCACCUCUUCAUUGCUCGACAGAGCUUGCAUCUGAGAGCGCUCUCACUGACAUGGACAUUCAACAGGGUGACACUGUGGACUCCGAUCAUCCUCCAGACUCAGAAACUGAGGAAGAGGACAACGGUCAGAAGCCUGAUGAAAAGCAUACUGGCCCGUUGACCCCUGCGAUUAAAGAGGAUCAUAACCUUUGCCCUGAGCUUGACAUGGAGACUGCCCAGGCGGUUCAGUCUCUGACUCAAGAUUCGGAGCAGGAGAGGCACUUUCAGGACUGCGUGGAGACUCAGGAGGCUUGCCACAGCCUACAGAGGUAUGUGCACGUAGAGCAGAGUCCUCAGAUGACCCCCGUGGAUGACUGCCAGCAGUCGGAUCACAGCAGCCCUCUGUCUUCUGUCCAUUCACACCCAAGUCAAUCUGUACGAUCAGUCAACAGCCCAGCGGUGUCGAUUUUGGAAAGCGGUUACACGCAGAUCAGCCCCGAUCAGGGUACCGCCGUCUCCGUGCAUUCGCUUCACAACAACAUGGAGACCAGCCCGAUCAUGGACGUGCCAUCCGUGUCGGACCAUUCCCAGCAGGUGGUGGACAGUGGCUUCAGUGACCUGGGCAGCAUAGAGAGCACCACUGAGAAUUACGAGAACCCCAGCAGUUAUGACUCCACGCUGGGUAACAGCAUUUGUGGCACGGGAGCAGGAGCUGGCGCCUCCUCCCAGAGCAGCUGUUCCUAUGGCAACCUCUCCUCCGGUGGCAGCCACAGUCAGAGCAGCUGUGCUGUGUCCCAGCAGAUGGCCGUUCCUGUGGUGAACAAUACUGGCGCCUGCAGCAUGCUCCAGCAAACCAGCAUGAGCUCCCCUCAGGGAUGCAAUGUGAAGUCGCCACAAGGUUGUGUGCCCGAGAGGCAGCCCAGCCAUACGCACGGACACGGGCACGGACACGGCCAUAGCCACAAUCAUCACCUCAGCCAUCACCAGCACCAUCCGCACCAUCCUCAACAUCACCAACAUCCGCAACAUCAGUACCAGCAGCCUCUUUCGCACUGCUCCAUGCCUGCUAGUUUUCCUCCACCCAUGCAGCUGUCUGACAUCCAAGAAUCCAACAACCCCUCCACUAAUCUGGGCUUGUAUGACCGAAUGGGCCAGGGCGAGUACGGAGGCGGACACUACGGUCAGCCCUCGGCUACAUUCAGCCUGGCUAAACUCCAACAGCUCACCAAUACCCUUAUGGACAAUCCCCUACCCUUUAGCCAUUCUGCCUCGCACUCCAUCACAUCCUAUGCAAACAACAACGGCUCGUUGUCCUCGCAGCUCGGCCCUCACAAUCCCACGUUGGUGUCGCUGUCUCAGCCUCCGCACUCGGGCGGAGGACCUCAAUCACAGGCUACUGUGACUCCUCCCCCCAACAUGAAUUCACCGUCUAUGAUGCUGCAGCGCAACAUGGCCACAUCCAACAUGAACUUGGGCCCUUCUCAGAGACUCCAAACCCAAAUGCCCCCCAAGAAUCAUCAUCACCACCAUCAUCCCGUGUCCAUUCGCUCCAAAUCGGCCCCUUUGCCACCCCACCACCAGCAGCAGAUGUACGGUAGGGGUCCUCAGACUGUAGCCAUGCAGGCUCCCGGAAGGACGCUGGCUAUGCCGCCACGGAUGAACAUGGGGGUCAACCUCAUGCCGGCUCCGGCCUACAACGUCAACUCGAUGAACGUAAAUAUGGCGCCUCUUAACGCAAUGAACACUUACAGAGUGACUCAGCCCAUGAUGAACGGGGGCUACCAUGGCAAUCCUACCUAUAUGAAUCAAUCUCCGCAGUACUCUAUGCAGAUGGGCAUGAUGGGUACUCAGCCUUACCCACAGCAGCCCAUGCAGGCCCCUCCCCAUGGCAAUAUGAUGUACAGCCCGGCGGGUCAUCAUGGUUACGUGAAUACCGGCAUGUCCAAACAACCCUUAAAUGGACCUUAUAUGAGACGAUAAUCAGCGACCCGAUGAAAGGGUCAUGAUGUUAAAAAGUCAGUUAGUUGACUUUGAGGUAUUUUGUUUAUUCUUGUUUUCAUUGUUCGCUUUUAUGGAUCUUUCUGAAAGAACCAGCACUUGGUAAGAAUGCAAAAAACCUUUUGUUUAUUGGCUAAAUUUUAGCUUUUUCCCCUAUUUAUGGGAAGCCUUACAGCAUACGAUUUAAAAAUGUAACAUUUGCGUAAGAGUAAAUCUCCCCCGAACUGCAUUGCAGUUGAAUGGAGGUUAGAUUUUCUUUAAGUUGGAACCUGCAUUAUGGAACCUUUAAAUGUGCCUGCAUUGUAUGUUUUUGGACAAAAGAGCCUUUUCAAUGUACCUUUAGCAAUCGCAAGGUUAUAUAUGUAAGUCUGUACUCAUGCCUUCAUAUUAUUUAAAUUAUUGUAAAUCUACUUUUAUAUUUUUUUAAAUGUAAGGUUAUACUUAGCAUGCUAUAACGUCUUUGUUAGUGACAGUGCAUCAAAGUAGUACUGUACAGUGUUGUGCUUAAUAGCAAGCGAUUUUCUAUUAAAUGUAUGGCCUUGGUUAGGUUUCCCUCGUAUGGAAGGAAAAAAUUAAACUCUAUUUUUGUUGAUUCUAAUAAUACUGUAAAGAUUUGAAAACAUUGUCACGUUCGGCUUGAAAAGUUCUAUUGCUAAUUGUGUAUAAUUUGUUACUUUAUAACAAGUUUCUUUACCCGAGGCAGCUUUCUGUUUUUAUACGAUUUAAAGCAAUUUCUGUCACGAUAGCAAAGAGCAGUAAAUGUCAGUAUUUGUACAUGUACUGUAGAAAUCGAAAUCACGGGGAAGGGUAAAGGAAAACAUUUCAAGGGGCAGAGUUGCAAAAUUAUUAUCGUGUCAAUUUACUCCAAAGUCGGUCUUUUAUGAAAUGCCUUUAAACUUACAUUUUCAUUCCAUCUGUAGAUUUUUUUUAUCUUUAUAAAACAUCUGAUUUAUAUUUUACUGAAAUGUAGAGCAGUAGCCUUGUUGAUAGACAAAACAGAUGGCAUGUAAAAAGGUAAAUUGUAUCUGUGUCUGUUUGUAUAGCUUAUUUUGUAGCCUUUGUACCUGUACAGAAUGGCAGUUUGACGUAAGAAGGAUAUCCUGACUGUACUAAUUACCAGAGCAACAGUCCUGUAUUUAUGAGUUACCUUUUUAGUCGGUCACUUAAAUGCUGUACAUUUUAGCAGAAAAUAAAUUAUGAUGAGCCACUGA